AUGGGCAUGCCGGAGCAGCCCCACUUGGAGGGAGGGUUUCAGCCGCCCAACAGACUUAUUCACAGCAACAGUGCUGAAGCUUUCGAUUUCGACAACGAGAACUGCAAAGGCCAGUUCCUACCUCUGCAUCGUCCAACGUACGAUAGUCGACUCAACGAAUCGGGCCAGUACCGAUAUGGCGAGCACUUCACUGGCAAAAAGCGCUUGUGGGAGCUCCGCUUGCGCCUCCAAUUCAAGAGACGGCUAAACCAGACGGAUCUUUUCUUUGCAGCUGAGCUCGAGGAGUACGUGCCGCUGUCGGCUGCGACGAAGCGUGUGAUGGAUCUUUCAGUUGGUGGCAUGCGCCAGGUUGUCGGUGAUCGGCUUUACCAUACCCCUGGUGAUCCUGCGGAGGUGGUGGGCGAGCGAGAGCGUCCCGCGAUCGCGAUGCCUUUGUGGACCUUCGACCAGUUCAUCGAGACACCUGAGGGUGAGACGCCACCCGAACUGACGGAUCCCAAUCUCCAUGAGCAUGGCCACAGAAGGUACGGUCAGCUGCGAGAGUACCGUCGAAUGGUGGACUCGUUGGACCUUAGGCCCGGGCCUACCUUCACUUUCUGCUUCUGGGGAGUGAGCCGCUUCUGCGACGUCAUCGAAUGGCAGGCCACAGGCAUCCCGAUCUUCACGCCGCUGGAUCUCAAUCUCUACUGUGGCAGACCUCCACUUCACUUGGUGCUCUACACCUUGGAAGGCGCAGAAAACGUGUGA